AUGUCGGCUGUCCGGAAGGAUGUUGACGAAGCCCUCAACACGAUUGAAGGUUUCAAGUCGUCACUCGAACCGCUGAUUGCGAAGUUUCCAAAAGAAUAUCAUGACAUUGAUGCCAGUCUCAACCACUAUGCAAUACGACCUGACGCACCUUGGGGAUUCGUCGUCUUUCGCACUGUUUACGGCGUGGACAGCGACGCACCUUGGGCCCACAUGCUCAAGCUUCUACGUUCGACCGUCACAAACUCUUUGUCGCUUUCGACUCGCACUGAUCUCCUCCCCCGCCACGAGCUGACUAUCAUCGAGGACGAAGAGAUGUUGACUGGUGCCGACGCACACACAGUGCGCCAUGCAUUUCGCGCCUGGAUUGCUGAUGACCUGACGCCACGGCUUCGCGACCCAAAUAAGUAUGGUGGAAGCGCGCAGGUUCGUUCGAAGCUACUCAGCAACGACGCUCAUGACGAGAAACAUCCCGUGUCAAGUCUCCCUUCGAGGUGGAACUUCUGUUUAUUCGUAGACGAGUCUAGCCUUCGCUCGCUGGAUGCAUCUAUCGGGUCAGGGUCUCCGGUCAUCAAGAUCCUAACUACAGAUUGGCAAGAGGACAGGGUUGCUGUGGUGGCUGAGGACUGGGAGGACGGCGAAACCGAUGAAGAUUGGGAGGAGGUUGGGUGGAUGUAUAUGGACGUGAGAGAAUAUGUGGAUAUGUAUAACCGUUUAGACAACGCGUUUGAUUGGCGCGACUUUUACCAACGGCCUUACAAAGGUUACGUGGAUCAUCGUGAAGCCUUUGUAGGAGCUUCAUAG